AGAUCUAUUUUGUGCCUCGUUAAAUAGAGAUCGAUACACCUUACCUUAAAAUUAUUAUAAGUAUAAUAAUAAUAAUAGAUCCAGAUCUAGAUCAAGCAACUUGAACUUGCUAUCAACAAUUAUUCAAGAUCAACGGACACAAUUAAAAUUGUUACGAUUUAUGAGAUUUGCUGUCUAAAAAGUCUGCAAAGGAAUUUUUAAAAAAUGGGUGAAAAUAUCUAUUUGUUUGUUCCCAACAUAAUUGACUAUCUUCGUGUUGUGUUUGCCUUUGUUUCGUUUUAUUACAUGCCAUUUGAUCCACUCAAAGCAAGUGUCUGCUACCUACUCAGCGGAUUUCUUGAUGCAUUUGAUGGUCAUCUGGCAAGAAUGCUCAAUCAGUGUACAAAACUGGGUGCCAUGCUGGACCAAUUGAUAGACAGAAUCACCACAAUGUGUUUGUGUGCAACGCUGUGUCAUUUGUAUCCAAAUUACAUGCUCUUUUUCCAGUUUGCUAUGGCCUUAGACAUUUUCAGUCACUGGAUGCAUGUACAAAGCUCUGUUCAGAAGGGUAACACAAGUCAUAAGAAGAUUGACUUAAGCGCUAACCCCAUUCUUCGUUACUACUACCAUAAUCAGGUGGUCCUAUUUACGAUGUGUGCAGCCAAUGAGCUGUUCUUCUGCAUGCUGUACCUAAACUACUUUACAACUGGCCCAGUCAUUCCUCUAAUUGGUGUUGGGCUAUGGAAAUUUGUUUGUGUCAUCUGUGCUCCACUAGCCAUACUUAAAAUGGUCAUCAGUGCCAUACAGUUGGUGGCUGCUUGUGAAAACUAUGCCAUCAUGGACAGAGAAGACAGAGCCAAGGUGGCUACAGCCCAUACAAAGCUGGGUUAGACAUUUAGCACUUUUAUUCCAAUCAAUGUGUAAUAUUAGACAAAUAACUCAUAAUUUGGUUUCCAAAAUGUUUGAAAUGAAUUUUUUAAAACGUGUAGGUGCUAAACAUUGUCAAAUGACUAAAUGUGUGUAUGUCGUAUUUCUAUUUAAAUAUAUUGUGAAGCAGAAAACUUCUAUGAUGAAAGCAUAAGAGAAAACAUUCAAACAUUAUUUAUUUUUAAGUUAUUUGUGCAUAUAUUUUGUUUGUAAUUACGUUUAUGUUGUCUUUUAUUGAAUAUUAGAAAGGAAUUUUUCUCAUAAUGGUGAACAUUUUUGAAUCACUAUAAUCAUUGUUAUAUAAUCAUAAUCAUUCACGAUGCAGGCUUUUUAAAAAACUAUAUGUUUAUCUAGUCUAAGUAAAAGCAAAGGAACAUAGAAAAUGUUUUUAAAAUGUUUUUCAUUAUAGGCAAAAAAAAAAAAAAACAAUUUUACAAUUUUGUAUUAUUAUUUUUCUUCUGUAAAGAAAUUUUAGGCAUUUACCUUAAUAAAUAUAAUAGCAUGAAAGGAAUAAGAUGAAAUGAAUGUAGAAUGCCAUGCUAAACCCCUGUUUUAUCUGCAACCAAAACAGUGACAUGGUGAGAAAUAGUUUAAAUAUGACUUUGUACUUGCAUAUGUAACAUGAAAAUAUCAUUAUCCUUGUGUCUUUCUGGGUAUUUUAUGUAGUUAUAUUUUUGUGGUUGAAAGUAUUUUGCUUUGUUUUAUGUAUUAUUGUUGCUUAUUUUUUAAAAAUCUUUUAUGUUUUGUGUAACAACACUUGUGCCAGAUGUAACAACAUGCACGAUGUUACGAUGUGUUGUUAUGCCGGGGAUUUUACUUGAAUUCAAUAGUUAACAAAAAUGACGAUCUAGAAUGACAAUCGACUAUUCUUUGAUAAAACAAAACUCUGGAACUUUAUUAAAUACAACGUAAGUACAGUUUAUGUACAAAUUACAAAUCAUGAAACAUACUACAAAGGCUUUUCAAACAGAGCUCCUAGAAACGUGACUGACUACAAGAACCUUAUUUUAUCGACUGACUUUUCUUUCUUACUACCGCCAAUUCUCUGGCGCUAACUCUUUUCAAAAAUGUCUUUGUUUAAAUUCAAAUCAACCAAUAGAUUUCAAACAUACUAAUUAUGUCCCUUGGGUAAAUCCUGACUUGAAUGUCAAGUGUCUAAAUUUGAGGAUUAAAUCCCGAGACUCAUGUCGAGGGCUUAUAUUACUUUCAAAAGUGAAAUGUACAAACAAUUCUAUAAUGUAAUCUGUGACAUAUUACCCCCCUCUCCAUUUAGCAUUUGUAUGGUAAUAGAAAUGCUCAUAUGUAUACAUAAAAUACCAUACAUGAAACUAUAGAAAAAUGGUUGAGGUAACAUAUGACAAAAUAAAGUCAACUUGGAGAUAACAACAAUAAUAAAAAAUGUAAAUGCAGUGAAUAAAAUUAUUGAUGACUUUGAAUACCUGUCUCACUAUUCAAGUGGUUAUGAAAAUGAGACAAUGCUUGUCAUGAACAAUAUCAAAAGUUGUACAAGGCAUAAUACUUGGAUAAAUUAAAUAUUGAAUUGAAUAGGUUACUUCUCUUCAUGGUGCUUCAUGAUAAUAUUAAAAUAUGACAUUAUAACUCAUUUGGUUAGUACUAAUGUGAAAAUGUGUACAUGGAAAAAUAUAUUGCAUAUGAAAAAUUGACAUAGAAAAAAUAAUUGUGAUAGUACAUGACAAUUUUCUGAGAAAAUAAUACUCAAUGUGAUCAAUCUUCUGAAUAAUAAUACUCAAUGUGAUAUAAAUCUCAACAUGUGUGAAGCAAUGAAAAAUUCCAAUUGUCUGUCAUGUAUCUGUACUAUUAUAAUAGGAUAUAUGCAAUAAUAUUCGACUUGAAAUAAAAUACCUGAAAUAAAAUGCACAUGAUUUAAAAAUUAAGAUGUCUGAUGCAUGUCAUAUGCAAAGAUGCUGAAAUAUAAUAAACAAAGUAUCUUGAAUGAGUGACUUUCCUCAGUGGGUUGCUUGGUGCUGAAAUAAAUACAACAUCUGAUAUAGAACUCCUGUGGAAAAAAUGAGUAGACAAAUUAAUUGAUUAAGUACAACUGAAUACUGUUCUUCCUUGACGAGUAUGAAUGAUAAUGGAUCAAGUGGCACUAAAUAUGCUAUAGUACAUAUGUAGAGUAGAAAUGUAAAGUUCGGAACCCUUCUGAAUUGCCGACAUGGAUGUGUAUGUGCGUUUUCUAAACUUGAAGAAAAGGUCUUUCAGUUUAUGAAGCUGUUGUCUCCAUGUCAUAAUGAUCUCACAGAUAAUGUCUGAUUGAACCGCGUUUGAGUUUGGUGAAAAUAAGAACUGUCCGAAACCAAAACUCAAUUUUCUGGUUGAUGAACUUUGACGCUGUAGAACAAUGGUAGCAGAAUGCUUUGCGUUAGAAUGUUCAAUAGAGCAAUGACUGAACAUGUCUGAGUUCAAUCGGUCAAUACAGCAAUGUUGAAGAAGUUCAUUUGUUCCUUUCUGAAGAAAAGUUGCCCCUUGAGUAGAAGGAGAAUGAAACUUGGUGUUGUCAAUGUUGUUGCUUUCUGGGUUUCUAUCAAAUUGCAGUACUGGAAAUGUCUCAGAAACACUGGUAAGGAAAUCUGCACGGUCUGUAAACACUUUAAUGUUCUUCACUGUUUGUAGUGCUAUGUCAUUCAGAGUGAUGACCUUGGGAAUGUCAAUUUGAUUUGCUGCUGCUAUGUCAUCCAGAGUGAUGACCUUGGGAAUGUCAAAUUGAUUUGAUGCUGCUAAUGAAACAUCUAUCUCAGGAAUGGGUGUUGAUGAUGUUUCUUCUUCUUCCUCAGGAAUAGUUGCUAAGCUUGUAAAAUGUUCAACUUCUGCUUUGAUGUCUUCAUUAUCUGUUUCAUGGUAAUGUUCAAACAUAUGAACAUGAAAUACUUUGGUAACUUUGUUGGUAUUGAUUUCAUAAAGCAGGUUGGAAAUCUUUCUGGUGAUGGUAAAUGGACCUUGCCAUUUGUAAAACAGUUUGUUACUGAAAUCUGGUAACAGUAAAUUGAUUUGAUCUCCUUGAGCAAAAUAUCUUGAUUUCAUGUGUUCAUGUAAUAUUCUUUGACUUCCAAUGUUCAUGGUUGUAAUGACUUCUUGAGUUGACUCACAUUCUUUGAAAUGAGGAAUACUUGUAUGAGUGUUGGAGUCAAGUUGCAUAGUUUUUCUUUUGUCUGGUAUAGCCAAAGUUGAUUGAAUAUAAGUAUCUGCUUCUGGUUCUGGUUCAUGAGACUUGUCUUGAUUGUAGCAAAAAUAUUCAAUGCAUAUCAUAGUAUUUGAUGCAGUCUUAUUCAAGUCUUGAUGGACUUCAGUUUGACCAGUUAGAGUUCUUGUAUCAUUGUUAGAGACUCUGGGCAUGUCGUCUUGUUCUUCAAAGUUCAACAAUGGACAUUCGGGAAUUGGAGGUGGACUUAUGACCGGUAGGGAUGGGCUUGAUGUAACUGGGGGUGUCCAUGUUGAGUGUUCUUGAUUGUUGCUGGCUACUGGACUAGUAAAUGGUUCUGUUGUAUUCUGCAUAACUUGAGUAACUGAGGUAGCUAUGUGAUUAUUUUGGCUAACUUGUUCAGGUGCCAAAUGUUCUUGUUGUCUGGAUAUGGAUCUUGUCAUUACUGCCAAACAUUUUUGACCUUGCUCUAUGGCAUUUGUACAUUCAGCAAGUUCUUGAGGAGUGCAUUCUUUAACUCCUUCUAUGUUUCCAAUGAUUAGGUCCACUGGUAGAUUGGGUGUUACUAAUGCUUUUGUUUGACCACUGAAGAAUGGUGUAGUAACAUAAAUGAUGGCUUCAGGUAACUUGCUGACAGUUCCGUUGAAUGCAGUGACUUGGACGUGGUUGCCUGUGAAACGGUUUGCGUGUACGAAGCGUUCAUGUACUAAUGUGGACGUGCUUCCGGUGUCACGAAGAACUUCCACCUUCUUGUCUCCUACAAAGCCUGGAUAAAAUUUGAGACCAUUGGACUUUGCAAUGACUGUCAUAGUUGAGUGCUCAUUGUAAUAGCUUCUGUUAUAUGAGCUUCUGUUUGGCAUAUAUUGUGGUCUGGAGUCCUGUGAAUGACUUCUGUAGCGAGGUUUGUUGUUAUCUGGUUUAUUGUUUCCAGGUGCUUUGUUGAGAUUGUAUUGCUCUCUAUUGCUGUAUCUUUGAGUUGGUGAUGUGGGUCUAUCAAAAUUUUGAUUUUUGGAGACUGCCUGUUUUUUCCAACAUUCAUGAUUUUGGUGACCCUUUUUAUGGCAAAAUGAACAUUCUGUGGUUUUGCUGCGGCAUUGAGACGUGAAAUGCCCUAGUUUAUGACAUUUGUUGCAUUUGACUUUGUCAUCUGACUUAUAUCUUGCAUUUUUGUCUUGAGCAAAGCAGACAAAAUUUUCUUCAACAGAUGGUUUGACUGACUUGUUUGGAUAGGCUGCUCUAUAUUGUCUGAUGACCUUGGUUAAUGUCUGUAUAUCAGUAGGAUUUCUCUCUAUAAUGUAGGAUUGAAUAUCUUCUGAGUGAGCAUGGGUGAUGUUGUCGAUAAUAAUAUGUUGACGAAGAGCUUGGUAACUUUCUUCUAUUUUUGCCAUGGAUACCCAUCUAUCAAACCACAUUGACAUAUUAGCUACAAAAAUUUGAGGAUCAUCAUUUUGCUGUGGCCUUUCAUUAUAGAAUUUCUUUCUAUAGUUGGCUGAAGUUGCUCCGUAUUGGCGCAGUAGAGCUUCCUUGAUAUCAGAGUAAGUGCUGCGUUCAUUUAUGGACAGUUGUGAGCAAAUGUUGACAGCUUUGCCAGUCAAAAGGGUGAGGAGUGAGCUCGACCAAUGUGCUUCAGGUAGACCGGAUGUUGUAGCUAUUUCUUCAAAUCUUAUGAGAUACGAGUCCAUAUUGUCAAUGUUUUCGUUGAAAGCCGAUAUUUUGUUCAUUAAUCUGUAUUUGUCAAACAUACUUGAGUGACCUAGAAUUGGAAUGCUUUCUUUAUUUUGCCUUUCGAAUUCCAUUUUUUCUUUUUCAUGUUGUCUUUGCUUUUCGGCGUCUUGCAAUUUUUUUUCUUCUAAUUGCCUGCGUUUUUCAGCGUCUUGCAAUUUUUUUUCUUCUAAUUGCAUGCGUUUUUCAGAAUCUUGCCUUUGUUUUUCAGCUUCUUGCCUUUGUUUUUCAGCUUCUUGCCUUUGUUUUUCAGCUUCUUGCCUUUGUUUUUCAGCUUCUUGCUCUUGAUAUUCUUUUUCUUCUUGUUUCUCUGCCCACUGGUCUGGCUUUGAAAUUUGCUUUUCUUUGGCAAAUUCUAUUAAUUCGAAGAAUCGUUUUGUUCUAGCACUGGAAGCCAUAUUUAAUUUUCUCGUUAGUUUCUUGUAUUGGAGCAGAAUGUUCGAUAUCUGGAUUUUGGCUUUAUCUCAGAUAUAAUAAUAAUAUAGGUCUAGAUCUAGUGACAAAGUUCUUGAAGCCUCAAUUUGCUAAUAAAUUCUUGACAAUAGACCUGUAGUUACUGGAGUCGUAUGAUUGAAUAUAUAGAUCUAUUGAGCCGAUGUACUUUUUACUGGUUUAACAGUUGGUUAAAUCUGGUCUUCUGUUUACUUUGUGCUGCUCAAAUGAUUAUUUACUGGUCUUCUUUAUAAUGCCAGUUAUUUGAUUUACUGGUCUUUUUUAUAAUGCCAGUUAUUUGCUUUACUGGUCUUUUAUAUUGCCAGUUAUUUGCUUUACUGGUCUUUUUUAUUGCCAGUUAUUUGCUUUACUGGUCUUUUAAUAAUGCCAGUUAUUAUGUAUAUUGGUCUUACUCCUUUUGCCAAUUACAUAUAAUAAUAGAUUUCGUGAGUUAGACGUAACUCUAACGAAAAUCUUUAUAAAUGAAUUAUCGAUAACCAACUGACCUGUUAAACACAGAAAUUCUGUCCUCCGUUAAAUAAGAAUGAAGUUCCUUUGAAGAGUUUAGAAAUUGGUCCCAGAUCUUGAAUGAAUUUCGUUAAAAGUUGUCCAUAAACUUUUAUUAGUCGGAGAGUGCCAUAUGUAACAACACUUGUGCCAGAUGUAACAACAUGCACGAUGUUACGAUGUGUUGUUAUGCCGGGGAUUUUACUUGAAUUCAAUAGUUAACAAAAAUGACGAUCUAGAAUGACAAUCGACUAUUCUUUGAUAAAACAAAACUCUGGAACUUUAUUAAAUACAACGUAAGUACAGUUUAUGUACAAAUUACAAAUCAUGAAACAUACUACAAAGGCUUUUCAAACAGAGCUCCUAGAAACGUGACUGACUACAAGAACCUUAUUUUAUCGACUGACUUUUCUUUCUUACUACCGCCAAUUCUCUGGCGCUAACUCUUUUCAAAAAUGUCUUUGUUUAAAUUCAAAUCAACCAAUAGAUUUCAAACAUACUAAUUAUGUCCCUUGGGUAAAUCCUGACUUGAAUGUCAAGUGUCUAAAUUUGAGGAUUAAAUCCCGAGACUCAUGUCGAGGGCUUAUAUUACUUUCAAAAGUGAAAUGUACAAACAAUUCUAUAAUGUAAUCUGUGACAUUUUGUAUAUGUAUUAAAACUACUUUACUUUUUUUAUCUUCUGAUCUGCAGAGUCUCUAAGUUUAGGGAUUUUAACAAGGUGUUACUCUUGUUAAGUUUUUUUUUAAAAUGCUUCUCAUUAGUCAGUCUUUGUUCUAUAUGCAUAUUACAAAACAUAUCCAGGAAAUCAUUCAGCCAAAAUAUAACAUUGUCUUUGUUCUCAGUAUUUUCUUUUAAGUUAUAAGAAGUAAAUGAAAUAUCUUUAAAUCUUUACAGAUCAUGUAAAUCAGUACAUAAAUGAUUGUCUUAUGAAUUAAAAUGAUAACUCAUAAUCAUUUAAGUAUAGAACUUUGAUUGAGACUAUGAAUCCAUGUCCAAUAAGGAGCAGUUGAUUUUGUGUUAUAUUUUACCAACAGAAAAUUAAUCUGAAUGAAGGUUUAUGAAGUUUAGUUUUCAUAUAUUUUGUUGCACUCUUUGAAAAACUUGAUAACAAAAAUACACAUUUUCACAUUACUCAUUUAUAAUUUAAUUAAUUCACAUUUCUGAUAAGUGAAAAAAUAACCAUUCAGCUAUUAUUAUAUAAUAAUAAUAAGGCUUGUCUUCAAGUCCGAAGAUAAAUGAGGAAUGCCCUAUUUCCCAUGGCUACACAGCCCCAGCUGUGACCUACAUAUUUUGCCACAUCCAGGGUAAGCAUAACCAUUGCAUAUAUUUUAUUAUAUAAGUAUUCUAAAAAUGUUUUAAUCUAUUACAUGUAAAUGUAAACUUGUCAUUGUCACUACUAUAGUGAGAAAGUUUAAUAUCUUGCUCUUACUAUUCACUAAUAAUAUAAUUUAGAAACUGAAUGCAUUAUUAUUUGUCACCCUUUGUUGAAAUGAACAGUUUUAAGGAUGUGCAGAUAGUAUAGGAAAAUACUAAGUAUCAUUUGGUACAGUAGUCUGCCAUCCUUCCACUCCCUUUCCCAGGGCAAAGAACAUUUGAAGAAUUAUUUCUCUGAAUACUGCAGUGGUGAUGUAUUCUUUGUGUUGAAUGGUAGAGAAAUAAAAAAAAUGUCAAAAUUUAGUGCAGGUGUGAAACAAACUAUUCAAUAGCACUGAUCUAAACAACAAUGAAUUUGCCAAUCUUUUAUACCUGACUCUUCCUGCAUUCAACCAUUUAGUCAGAUAUAAAACAAUUUACUUAAGUAGUAAGUCUUCUGUAGUUUUCUAUGCUUUGAAAUAAAAAAAUGAGCUUGACUACCAAAUGUUGUAUGUGUCAAAGUUUGCUAUUUUUUUAUUACAAUUAUUGGAACAUGUAACUGAGUACAGUGUCAGGAAAUGUUUUUAUCAAGUUAGUGAAAUAUAGGUAUGGCCAUUAUAAACCUAUAUGUAUGUUGUAAUGUCUUUGUACUUUACUUGCAUCUAUAUAGUGUUCAUUAAAUGUUUCUAAAAAACAA